UCGAGGCCGAAGGCCUGAGAUGUCUGUACAAUGGAGUGGGUAUGGCAGUGCUACAGUUUAGGGAGAGGAGCAUGGCAGCGAGCUUCCUUUCAACUGAUGGGAUCGGGUUCUUCUUUAGGCGGACAUAGGUAUCUGUGUCAAGGAUACUUUGAACCUUUUGAUCAUAUUCAGUGCGGUCCAUUACAACAGUGGCAUUACCCUUGUCAGCCUUCAGGAUGUGUAUUGAGGGAUCCCGGCGUAGGUCAUUUAUAGCCUGGAAUUCUCGUUUCGAUAGAUUGGAUUUAGGAGGUUUAGAAUGUUUCAAGACCUCAUGAAUCUGAAUACGGAUGUCGCCUGCCUUUUGUUUGUCCAGCUUUCACUUGAAGUACCAAGUUUACAUGUCCAUUGGGCCACUUAGCAAAGGCCUGUAGGCUGCUCAACAAGAAUAUAAAGCAGCAAAGUCUACACCAUUGGGUGCUAGCAACCUGCCAACACCAAAGGAGGGUUCCCCAUGGAUCCAUGCUGGGCCCUCUGAUUCAUCAUUGAGGGAGAUGCACUUUCAGGCAGCGUUGGACUUGGGGAAUGCUCACCGUUUCCUCGGCAACUUGCAGGAUGCCAAGACGUAUCUUGACGAGGCUGAGGUGUUGGCCGUCGAGAUGGGCGACGUGGACAAGAUCCCCACGGCAACCAUCCAUCACGGGGAUUGGAUUCUUGGGAGUGGACAUCUGAAGGAGGCUAUUGCCAAGGUUUUCCAGCCGCUGUUGAAACGGAAUAUGAGCGACAAGAAUAGGGGGCUAAUGUUACAGUCAUUUGGAAAUGCUUGUAGGGCUUCAGCAGACUUCGGAACAGCUAAAGAGUACUUAAGAGAAGCCAUCGCUAUCGCCGAGCGACUUGAAGAUCCUGUUGCCGUGGCAGAUCGCCAUGGGGACUUGGGAACCACUUUUCGGUCGGAGGGGCGGUUCACUGAUGCCUUUACCCAUCAGAAAAAACAGUUUGUGUUUGCAAAACAAAGAGGUGACCAGGCAGCUCUAGUGGUUUCCUGCUUCAACAUUGGCUUCACUCAUAACUCUAUGAGCCCACCGGACUACAACUCGGCCUUGGUCUACCACGCAGUGCAGCUAGAGCUUUCUGACACUGACAGGAUCGGAAAUGUUGAUAACUGUGAACGACUCUCUUACAUUAUACCUACUCUCCUUCCCUAGGUGACCAGGCAGCUUUAGUGGUUUCCUGCUUCAAUAUCGGCUUCACUCUUUAAUCCAUGAGCCCACCGGACUACAACUCAGCCUUGGUCUACCACGCAGUACAGCUAGAGCUUUCUGACACUGACAGGAUCAGAAAUGUUGACAACUGUGUACGACCCUCUUACAUUAUAGCUGCUCUCGUUCCCUAGGUGACCAGGCAGCUUUAGUGGUUUCCUGCUUCAACAUCGACUUCACUCAUUACUCCAUGAGCCCACUGAUCUACACAUCAGCCUUGGUCUACCAUGCAGGACAGCUAGAGCUUUCUGACACUGACAGGAUUGGAAAUGUUGAUAACUGUGAACGAUCCUGUUACA